GCUUUGCUUCAUUUGCGCAUUUGCUGAACAUGGACGCUUACUUUCACGACGCGCCGUUUCCCGGCCAGUACAGCAGCAUGAAGCAAGAGCCCAUGUGGGACCUGCUUCAGAACGACAAUAGCAACCACCACCACCACAACAACAACAUGCACAACCACACGGUCUUUAUGCAAAAGGACGCGUUUGCGUUCGACAGCUUGUCGUACGAAGUGCAGACGAACGCCAUUGACUUUGUCGACUCGAUGCUCUGCUUUGACCCGAUCCCGUACCACCAGCCCGCGCCCGAAAUCAUCUACCACAACCAGUUUGUCGAUCUCGACGCCGCCACCACCAACACCUCGUACGGCUAUUACGACAACAACUUUGCCAACGUCAAGUCGGAAGCCAUCGAGAUGGCGCUUGUCCUCCCGGGCUACGCGACGCCGCCGCCGGCCAUCACAGCAGCAACGACGACGACGACGACACCGGCGUCGACGACGAGCAAUGUGCCCGCGGCGCACAACGAAGUGCCCGGCAAGUGCCUCCGCGAAGACUGCAAUGCGUCCAUCACGUACCGUGGCUUCUGCAAGACGCACGGCGGCGUCCGCCGCUGCCGCGUCAUUGGCUGCACCAAGGGCAGCCAGGGCAAGAACCUCUGCAUUGCCCACGGCGGCGGCAAGCGCUGCAACAUCCCGACCUGCAACAAGUCGGCGCAGUCGCACGGUCUCUGCAAGGCCCACGGUGGCGGCGCGCGCUGCACGUUUGACGGCUGCGGCAAGAGCUCCCAGGGCAACGGCCUCUGCCGGAAGCACGGAGGCGGUCGCCGCUGCACGUAUGAAAACUGCAACAACGGUGCGCAGCGGGGCCUUUUCUGCGCAAAGCACGGCGGGUCGCGCCACUGCAAGACGGACGACUGCCAGCGCACGGACCGUGGAGGCGGCUACUGCGAGAUUCACCGCAAAGACAUUGUGUGCUUGGUGAGCGGCUGCAACCGCAUGGGCCUCCAAGACGAAGUCGGCGGCGGCCUUUGCCACGUGCACUGCAACCACCUCCGGUCCAUGGCCGACCGAACCGAAGAGCUCGCGCCACAGUGGUCUCAAAUCUAAGUUAUUAUUCCUGCAUGUGUAUAAUGUACAAUCAACAACAA